AUGGUGUCCAUCCUAAAGAAACUUUUUUCUUAUGGGAUGAGCCCAGAUACAACAAUUCCAGACAAUAUAACUGUUUCUCAACCAUCUGGACCUUUAAUGGUUGAAGAGCAUUAUUACUAUAAUACUUUUGAUAAUAAAAUUAUCGAUGAACUUCAAAAGAAACAAAGCAAAUCUAACAAAGUUAGUAUCGCAAUACAAUCAGCUUCAGAGACAUCAAUUAUUCCUAAAAAUUUUACCCGUAAACCAAAAUUUCAACCAAAACUAUGCACAGAAUUAAUAGAUAUCAUUCCUCCACCUGUAGUUGAAGAACCUCCUCCAGCUCAGGAAGUCCCACAAGGCAAAUCUGUUUCAGGAGGCCUUGGCGCGCCAAAAGGUCAAAUCAAAUUAUCACUUGGAGGAAAGCCAAAUCUUAGUGGUGGUGCUGCUCCAACUCUUAAUAUGUCUAACGGUGCUGCAGGAACAUCAAUUCCUAAGCUUCAGCAUAAUAUUGGUGGUAAAAAGGAUGAUGAUAAAUCUAAAGACGCCAAACCUACUACAGGACUCAAACUUAACACUCCUUCUCUUGGAGGCAGUGGAGGAGGAGGCCUUAAAUUGGCUGCACCAAAACUUUCGUUAUCAACUACUCCAAAGACAGAAGAGGCUAAGCCAGCUGAUGCUCCAGCCGGAGACAAGCCAGCCGAACCAGCUGCAGCUCCUGCAAAACCAGGCGGACUCGGAUUAUCAAUUCCUAAGCUUGGAACUACACUCGGAGCUAAGCCAGGCGGUUUAUCCCUUGCUAAACCAGGAGUUCCAGCUGCUCCUGCUGCAAAACCAGGAGGUUUAUCCUUAUCAAUUCCAAAAAUACCAAGUGCCGCACCAACGCCAGCUGCUCCUAAAGAACCAGAAGCUCCUGCCGAAACUACAACUACUACAACUACUCCUGCUGCACCUGCUGCAGCUCCAGCAUCCAAACCAGGAUUUAAUUUCACAAUUCCAAAGGCAGGUGCUCCUAAACCAGGUGGUAUCACUCUUCCUGGUCCUAAGGCACCCGCUGCUCCUGCUACUGGCGCUAAACCAGGUAUUACUAGUUUAUCUCUUUCUAAACCAGGUUCUGGAUUUAAUCCAGUAGCUCAUGGCCAACCAGCAGCACCAGAAGCAGCUCCUCCUGCUGUCGAACAAGCUCCAGCCGCUGAACAACCACCUGCAUCAGAACAAUCUUCUGAACAGCCAGCUCCUGAGCCUGCUCCUCCUGCAGAAUCAAAGCCAUCCUUAGGUUUUAAUUUGUCCAAACCAGCCGGAUCGAAUUUACCAAAAUUUGGCGGUUUCAACUUAAAUAUUCCAGGAAAACCAGCAGCCAAACCUGCAGAACCAGCACCAGCAAACACUUCUGCAGCAGCACAAGCAUCAGGUGAUGAAUGGGAUGCAGUCGCAGGACAACCUCCUCCACCAGCACCAGCGACAACUUCUAAGCCAGGAAAUACUGGACUUGGACUGUCUCUGCCAUCAACUAGUUCCGCAGCUCCUGCAAAUAAAGGCUGGGGAACUGUUGGCGCCAAUAAUGGUUGGAGUACAAAUAAACCAGGAAAUGCUUCCUCUGGAUGGAGUAUGGCUUCUAAGCCAAGUGCUUCAGGAAAUGGAUGGGGUUCAAGUAAAGCUUCAGGAAAUGGCUGGGGUAGUGGUUGGAAGAAAUAA